AUGGACACGCGACGAACGAAGAAGGGCAUCGCCGUCUUUUCCCGCAGACGGCCAUUCUUCCAAAAUGACAUUUCGACGCUCUUAUCUCGAGGCAUCAACGACACCUUGAAGUCGGGUACCACCGAGAACAAAUAUGUAUUCCCCACACUCUUCAUUACCGCGCGGCCGAUCUGGACGACGGGCCCAUUUUCGGUGGCAUGCCGCACUGCAAACGCCCACAAUAUCCGGGCAAUAUGUCUCUUUAAUCUACCACUUAGGUCGGAAGUCGAAGGGACUGGGAAAAAGCGUCUCAUCGUGGCUCAUCUCCCAGUCGCUUAUAACGAUCGGGAUUCCCUAGGCGAUGCGGUAGCCCAUGCACUUGUCUUCGCGAAAUGCAGCACGAGGCGCUCCAAGUCCUUGGUGGCACAGUGUAUACAUUCUCUGGCCGCCGCGAAGCUGUCUGCUUCUGCCGCGCCCGUGACUUCUCAGUUCCGAUCACCGGGAUUUUGGUGCAGCCUUCUCUGCGAAGUGAUUUUGCGGUGUCCAAGACGGCCUCAUUUCUUCCAGUCGGCGUUGACAAUAAGGAUCUGCGAGCGGAAGGUGGACUGUGUUCUUCAUUUGAUAUGGUUUCAGCAGAGCGGAAUCGAGCUUGGAGAUUCUCCGAACAGCUAG